AUGGCCGAAGCUGGGGGGACGCCGGCGCUGGGGAAGGGGGGAGCACAGAGGAAGCCAUCUAGUGGGAUUGCGGCCAAGCGUCCGUCGUGGGCUGAUGUGACGAAAGGCGUUCCGAGGCCUCCGGUAUGGACCUGCCACCGGACCCCUUCACGUGAGCUGGAGGAGCUGCAGAACCGGUUCCCGGAGGUCGUCGAGGUGCCGGAAGAAGAGUUGGAGGAGGUGCGGUCUGAAUGGAGGAGUACCACUGUACUCGUGAGGAGCCUGGGUAGGAGCAUACCGGCCGAUUGGGUGGUGAAGGAGAUACGGCGAGCCGGGAAGCUGGAUUAUGACGCCGAGUGCUUCACCCUGUCGGAGGGGGUCAUUGCCAUCAGGUUCGCCAACGAGAACGACCGGGAAGCCGCGAUGCGGAAUGGUCCGUGGAUGGUGGCGGGACAGGUGCUCGCCAUGGACCGGUGGCGGCCCAGCUUUGUUCCGAAGCCCGGGUGUUUCGGGCGGGUGGUUGUCUGGUUACGGCUCCCCAGUCUGCCGAUGGAUUUCUGGAAGAAGGAAGCGAUCUUCAGGGUGGCGGCGAGGGCCGGUACCCCCUUGGCGCUGGAUGGCUUCACAGAGCAGAGGCGGAGGUAUGGCUUCGCCAGGGAGAAGGUGGAACUCGACGCCUCUGCUCCGCUUGUGCCCGGAACAUGGGUGCGGGGGAGCUCGGCGGAUGGAGGGGCCCCUUUCUGGCAGGGUUUUGUUUAUGAAAACCUGCCAGUGCCGUGCGCUAAAUGUGGACGAGUAGGCCAUUCGGCGGUGGGAUGUGUGUUUGUGCCUCCGGCGGAGGGGAGGUUGAAUCCGGAGGAGGUAAGUGGUGGGUCUGAGGAGGUCCGUGAUGGGAUUGACGCCUCGGAGACGCCUAAGCAAGCGGAGACAGGGAGGGAAUGA